CGCGGCUUUGCGAAUUUUUCCUACGGGCUCGGGAGCGAAGAUGCUCCGUGCGUCUCUCCAAGAGAUAGGCAGCUGUGUAAUCCAGAGGUGGCAACCUGUUAUCUUCAGUGAUUUUAGCCUACAGCUCCAUGUUUUAUCACUUGUCUAUGCUGGCUAGGACUGAUUAGAGAAACAGCUCUCCAGCUGUUUUUGCCUACAAGUUGUCCACCUCAGAUGCAAUGAAUGCAUGUUUCAAAAGAUAAGGUUUCUGCAGCACUAAAGGAAGGCCAAGUAAGUCCAACAGAGCUUUGUCAAAAGUGUAUCGCCUUAACAAAAGCCACCAGAUUUCUCAAUGCUUAUAUCACAGUAGCAGAAGACACAGCACUGGAGCAGGCUUCAGCUUCAGAGAAGAGAUACAGACAAGGUCAGGCACUGGGCAAAUUAGAUGGAGUUCCAAUUGCUGUUAAAGACAACUUCAGCUCGGCUGGUAUUGAGACGACAUGCGCAUCCAAUAUGCUAAAAGGUUAUAUCCCCCCUUACAAUGCAACAGUAAUUCAGAAAUUGUUGGAUCAAGGAGCUGUGCUUCUUGGAAAAACAAACCUAGAUGAAUUUGCUAUGGGCUCUGGAAGUACAGAUGGGGCAUUUGGACCAGUUAGAAACCCCUGGAGUUACUCACGGCAGUACAGAGAAAAGUGUGCACAGAACUCCAGUGCUAUAAAUGAAGACACCAGCUGGCUGAUAACUGGAGGGAGCUCCGGUGGCAGCGCUGCAGCAGUAUCAUCUUUCACAAGCUUUGCGGCCCUGGGAUCUGAUACAGGAGGAUCCACUAGAAAUCCAGCCGCUCACUGUGGACUUGUUGGUUUGAAACCAACCUAUGGCUUGGUGUCCCGGCACGGUCUCAUUCCACUUGUUAACUCUAUGGAUGUUCCUGGCAUUUUAACCAGAUGUGUGGAUGAUGCAGCCACUGUAUUAGGUGUUCUUGCAGGGCAUGAUCCAAAAGAUUCAACCACAGUACAAGACCCUUUUCACCCAUUUCAGCUCCCCAAUUUGCUAGAUAUGAAGAAUCUUUGCAUAGGCAUACCCAAGGAAUACAAUAUCCCAGGAUUGUCAAACGAAACUCUGACAGUGUGGUCGAAGGCAGCUGACCUCUUUGAGAAAGCAGGUGCCAAAGUGAUGGAUGUGAGCCUGCCUCAUACCUGUUACUCCAUUGUCUGCUACCAUGUGCUGUGUGCAGCAGAAGUAGCCUCAAACAUGGCCAGAUUUGAUGGUCUGCGGUAUGGACACCGCAGCACUGCUGACGAGUCCACUGAAGCCUUGAUUGCAGCAACACGCCGGGAAGGUUUUAAUGAUGUUGUAAGGGGAAGAAUUCUAUCAGGAAACUACUUCUUGCUAAAACAGAACUAUGAGAAUUAUUUUGUCAAAGCCCAGAAGGUCCGAAGACUCAUCGCCACUGAUUUUACAAAGCUAUUUAGUUCCGGUGUUGAUAUUCUGCUCACUCCAACUACUCUGAGCCAUUCUGUGCCAUACGCAGAGUUCAUCAAAGAAGACAACAGAACCCGCAGCGUGCAGGAUGACAUUUUCACUCAGGCUGUAAACAUGGCUGGCCUGCCAGCUAUAAAUGUUCCUUCAGCACUCUCAGACAAAGGCUUACCAAUUGGGCUGCAGUUUAUUGGCCGUGCUUUCCAUGAGGCUCAGCUUCUCACAGUAGCCAAAUGGUUUGAAAAGCAAGUACAGUUCCCUGUCAUUCAACUAGAAGGAAUAAUGGAUCACCUUGAUCCUGUCUCUCACCCAGAGAAGUCAGCAUUUUUUUCAUGAAGUGGGACUGGAAGGUUUAUUGACUGUACCAUGAAACUGAUUAUGGAAAAAGCCCAGAGUUCGGUGUUUUGAAGUUCUGAACAUAAUUUCUUCAUGAUUAACGUUGUUUCAGAAUGCAGGGAUGGAAUCGAAAUGGAAUGGGUACUGAAAUCAUCUGUGGUAUUUUUACUAUGCAAUUAAAUUGUUAUGCGAUUUGGAACUGUA